UCCUCCUCCAGUUUUUGGUGUUGCUCAUGACUUCUCCAUGUUGCGCCUGCAACCUUACGUAGCAGGCGGUGAGGAUGUCAUCCAAAAUUAUGUAUUGCAUUCAUACGAUGUGCAGCAUCGUUUGUUUAAUUUCGUGUUAGAUAGAGAUUUUUGGAGCUCAUUGUUUGGGCAUACACACGACGGAUGGUUGGAGUCAGCGGUAAAUAAAUUGUUAAUUAAUUCUUUUAAAAGUUAAUUGUUUUUUAGUCAAUAACAAAAGUAUCAUGUGUGCAGCAUAUAACCAUUUGGUACCGACUUUUGAUGGAGAGACGGUUUGAGAGCGACCGACAUACAAUAAUGCCUCCAAAUUUUUUUGUUUCUCAUGCUUUGGAAGAAGGACAGGACUGGAGGGCGUUUAUGGCUGGUAUUGCUACAUACCCUAACUUCAUGGUUGCUUGGUGGGAUGUUGAUACGGUCUUAUUGCCGAUUCAUUCAUCCCCUAAUCAUUGGCUAUUUGGGGAACUACGAUUAGCGUCAAUGGAAGUGCAUAUUUAUGACAGUCUUGGUAGAGGUGCUUAUGAAAAAUUCCAAUCCGAAGGAAUCUUUUCCAAAUUUGAACGUCGGGUGGCAAAUUAUUUGGACAAGAUUAAGUAUUGGGCGCGGAGGAACAUCCCAAGGAUUCCAUUGAAUAUGCAAUUCAUUUAUGAAGAAAACGUUCCCCAACAAAGUAGUCAUUUGGGAGAUUGCGGUGUUUUUCUUUGUAUGUUUAUGGAGCAAUUGGUUUCAGGUCAACCAAUACGUGUUCUUAUUGACCCAAAGAACGCAGCUUUAGAGUUCCGUCUCCGGAUGGCAAAAAUUAUUUGGGGGUCUAGUCUUGCUCCUCUGUAGUUGGAUUAUAUAAAUGUAUAUACAAAUUAAUGUUGGAUUUCAUUAUUAGUUUAUCUUUAGAGUUUACUCAACGGAUGACAAAAAAUAUAACGUUACGACAAUUACAACAAUUUAAUGACCUACUAAUUACUUAUCAAUAAAUUCAACAUAAG